AUGUAAUAAUGUUAUAUAGAAGAUGAAUUUGAUGUCGAAGAUGUAAGUCCUUGGCAAGAAAUUAAUUUAUCUCCUCAAUAAACCCUUUUUAAAUCCAAUCAAUAGUAUAGAAGUUCAACAAUUUAUUCUGGCAAGGAUGAAAAGUAAAAAGUAACAAAUGCUAAAACCAGUUAUUCUAAUUUAACUAAAUAAACAGCUGCAACUACAAUAACAGAUUUUCCUAUAAGAUGUUUAAGAAACAGAGUUAAAAGCAUAAAUUAAACAUAGAAAUAGUUUUUAAUAGCAACUCCUGUAAAAUAAUAUUGUGACUUUAAACUGUCAAAAGAAUUUUUGAUGAAUAGAAAUACUGCUGAUUUUCCUAAAUAAACUUUGCCUAGAAAUUUCUUAUCAUUUUAAAGAUUCAAGAAAUCUUUUAGUAGAAAAUAAACUGUUCAUUCUCAAGAAAUCAAUCCACAAUUAUUAUAGCUUUAAAUGUAAAUGAAAAAAGUAGAAGAAUAAGUUUAAUAAUAAAAGAAAUCAUGUUGGGAAAUAGGUGCUCGUAGACUUUCUAAUCCAAAAUUUUAAACUUUUCUAAGUACUUAAGUUUGA